AAAAGCGCCGUGCCGCUCAGAAUAGCUUCGACCGACGAGCGGAACGGACGUAUACGGAAUUUUCAAGUCGCGGAAAAUCGCGAGUAUCCGUGAGAGAGAGUGAGAGCGAGAGAUCGAUGAAAAUUCCGCGGCGGUGCGGACGACCGAGUGUGCAUAGGAAAAGUGCAAGUAAUAAUUUGUUAUUGUUUUUCCUUUCAACAAAACACCAAAAAUAGACCGACAACCUUGCGCAUAAGCCCAUUAAACAAAAGAAGCGCAGCCAGGAAGAAAAGUCGAGCGGAGAAAAGAAAAAUUGGCGUAUCGGGCAGAGUAAACAAACAAGUGCCUAUUGAGAGAUCUCGAUAUGGAGUGGGACAAGCCACCUCCGCCUCCGCAGCCACCGCCGAAGCCCCGACGCACUCGAUCCCGGCAUAAUGUCCUGCACUACGAGUCCUUGCCCACCGCUCCGCCGGCGAUGUGCGGUCGCACGGAAGAGAAUAUCUUUCAGUUUCCGGCAGUGGCCACCCGUGCCCGCAAUCUCUCUGCCUCUCCGAAAUUCGAGAGGAGAGAGGCCAAGGAUCUGCCCGUCUGCGAACUGGGAAAGCACUCCUGCUCCAAGUGCCAGCCUUAUCGGGCGGAUCGUGGCACCAUUGAACCGCUGAAAACUCGUCUCAACUCCGCAAUCGAAACCAUGGACGAGCUGACCCGCACCUACGCUUUGCUGGAGGGAUUUCUGGAGCACCGACUGGCCACCAUCGACGACAACGAGGCGGGAGAACGGGAAGCUGAGCUGGCAGCUGUUGAUGAUGAUGUUCCUUCCACUAGUCAAGCCGCCCAUCAGCUCCCACCCACCAAGCCGCCUCGCUCCAACACUAAUGACCACCAGUUCGAUCUGGAGCGAUCCCUCACCUGGCUAGAAUCUCUGAUGGGCACUGAGGUGGUGCCGCCCUUCAAGCAGGGGAAGUUUAAACGUAUUCGCGAGCGCAGCAAAUCCAUGAUGGAGGAGGACAUAAACGUGUUCAUGAAGGGCGAUCGUCCCAGUCUAAAGUUAAGCUCAUCGCGACCAUAUAUCCUGAGACGUCAGAGCACCUACAGCGACAACAAGGCCAAGGUGUCCAAGUGGACCAAGGUCAAGGCCGCCUUCAAGUGGGAGCGGGCCAAUGUGCCGCCUUCGGGACCUGGUGCUCCGGAAAACCACGUUUUGAUGCCACUCAACCACGAGGUGGAGAGAUAUCUCAAGGUGCCUAUUAGUGCGGCAGCCGGCAGCAGUUCCGCAGAUAGCGUCAUCAGCUCCUCUUCUGGUCAUAUUAUGAGUGAUACGGGUGGGACACCUGGUACCAUCAGCUCGGCCAGCUCCAUGGAUGAUCUUGAGGCCUCCACCCGACAGAAUUUUCGUCGUGAUUCCUCUAAAAGUGAUACCCGCUGCGAAUCCCGCGACUCCAACUUUGAGGUGGAGUUACGAAAGUCCGCCACUGACGAACGCCUGGACAAUAUUAAAUCAUCAGCACCGCCACUACCAACCAAAUCCUCAUCCAGCAAGUCAUUGCGUAGGUCGAAAGCCUUUUCCGACUUUGAGGUCCUUCCAGAAGAUCAUGUGGCGGAGAUUAAGGCCACCAGCAGCCGUCGUCAAAAGGUGCCACCGAGUCCACUGAAUCUCAACCAGGUGAACCAGAUGUAUAGUGAUCUGCCACAACUGCACUCGCCGCUCAAGAGUCCCAAGGAUUCGCGCAUGCGUCGUGUCCAUUCGCCGGGCACCUCCUCCGUGCCCAGCAGUCCUUCCAGGCAAUCGGAUUUCUUUGGUGAAUUUGAGAGUGAGGAACUGUCCAGUGGUGAUUUCUCGGAACCCACUACGCCAAACUAUUCAGAGUUUAAGGGCAAGCAACUCGAGUUAGAGCGUUCCAGCGCCAGCAACCGCAGUAUCAAACUAGGAAGUGGAGCAGCCGGAGGAGGAGCUGGUAGUGGAAAGCGCAGCAGCGAGGAGCACUCACCCACACAACUGUUGCACAACGAACUCAUGUCCACAGCCCAGCUGGAGCAGAAUCUAACCCCGCAGUUCAAAAAGAAGCUAAGCAAAUGGAGGGCCAAGCAGCAAAAUUGCUCCGCAGGAUCGAUCGGCUCCUCAGAACCCGCAGCAAGUCCGACGGCGAAGAGCCAGAGUGGCGAUGUUAAACCCAAGAUCGACUGGAACCUGUGGAGCAUGGGUCAAGUGAAAUUGGAGGGCCAGGGAUUGUGCGCUUUGCCCGAUCAGAAGGAUCUGCCCGAGAAGUUUCAGAAGAAGUUAGAGCAAUGGAAUCGGCUGAAGUGCGCUCCUGGGGGAGGCACUACCUCGGACAAUGACUCCCUGAAGCGAGGAUCCAAGCACGGUCAGUCUACAAGAAGGGGAUCCGAUGACGAUCGAUGGUACAAGCACAAGCCGCACGAGAAAGAGAAAUUGUCCCGCUUAAAGGCCAUUGUGGUGCCAGAUCAUACCAAGAAUAUUGAGGUUAAGACUUCGGAUGGAGAGGUGAUGAAGUUCGAGGGCAUCUCGAGGAAGUUCACUAGAAAGCUUUACGAGUGGGAAAAAGCUAGAGGAAUUGGGCCGGAAGCAUCCACAUUUGCCCUCCUGCAUCCUGGUUACUGCCCCAUAGAUGUGAGGCGCAUCAACAAGGAUUGCAAUAAAGUGGCCGCUGAUCACUCGCCCACGCUCAGCCGCUCACUGUCCCUGGACAGUGUGUCACCCAACUGCAAUCUGGCCCAGGCCAUCUCCCAGCAGGCUUCAUCCCUCUCCCUAAACGACGUCAGCGAUCUGAAAGAGGUCGAGGACACCGACGCCCUCACCGAUCACGAGUUCAAAAAGUACGACGAGCCGGAGGCUGUGAUGGUGGAGGUGGAGGAGCACAUCCACGACACCGCCUCUCCACUGGUCACCGCUCACACUCUUGUGGAGCAGCAGACGCCCAUAUACAAGUACGAGGAGGUGCAGUGUAACGACUAUGUCAAUUCGCGUCGCGUCCAGAGCUUCGAGUCGCACACAAAUCUCGCCCCCUUGCUGGGAGCACUGAAACGUGCCGACGAGCUGUUUGGCCAACUGAAGAAUGCCUCACCCGAUCUGCUGGAACACCCGACCAUGCGGGACUGCCAGGCCGCAUUGCUGAGCAUUCGUAGCAUUUAUCCGUACUACUCAAACAACCUGAUGAAGGCGGGCGUGCUCAACGCCAUAUCCGAUGUCCAGAGCGAACUGGGACGACUGACCGAGUUGAGCCAAAAAUCGCCUUUGGAUGAGGCCUGCUGUCAGGAAACCAUGCAAGAGCGCACGCUGGAGUACCUGGAGGAGCUCCACGGACUGUAUGAAUGCCUGCAGUGCCUUAAGCUAAGCAUACAGGGUGGCACCAAUCGCUAUCCACGCGACAUAGUGCCGGAUAUUAACAUCACCAGCGAGGAUGGACAGCAGUUGGACUCCAGUUCUGCCUAUGCCACCUGCGACAACUCCAGCCGGGAUCGAUUGGCUCAGGAUGACAACAGUGCCAGUGCAGCAUCACCGAUGGAGCAUGAAACGGAAACUAGCACCACAACGGGCACUUUGUGCCGCUCCAGUUUGCCCACCGUGAAUGCCAAUCCCAGUGCCAAUAUCGUUAAUAAUGGUGUAACCAAUGCAAAUUCCUCCGCUAAGAAAAAACUGCUGCGACUGAGAAAAAUGGGUUCCCGGCAGAACAGCAAGACGGAGAGCGACAGCAGUGAUGCGGAUACCCACUCGGUUUUGGAGACACCGCGGCGAUUGCGUCGCAAGAAUUUCCGGCUGAAGCAGCGCUCCUUGGAUGAUGACUUCCGGUUGAGCUCGACGACCAAUGAACAUGAGGUGACUAUUGCCAGGGAAGACAUAGUCUACGGUUCACUGAAGGUCAAGCCGGGAGAACUGAUCGAGCAGAGUCAAUGUGUGGCGCCUGCUCCAGCGCACCUCGUUUCACAUGAUCCAUCUAUAUCUUCCUCUGUAUCCACCACUCCUGCUACUUCAACCACUCCAUCUUCAAUAGUUACUCCACCCACAAAGCUGGGAGCCUUUAUUCCUCCUCCUCUGCCAGAACACAAUCGGACGUACAACACUAAUGCCAAUGUCUUUGUUAAGACCAAACGAAAAAUCUUUACUACCAUCCCACAACCAAAUGCUGCGGAAGGCCUAGCAGUGAUAGAGAUGGAAGUGGACAGUCCCACGGAGGAGAAAUCGGAAAAGGUGGAUAAACCAGAGAAAUCCAGAUGCCCUCUCAAGCCCCUUAGUCUGUAUAAGUCCAUUAGCUUGGAUCGUAUAACCCAUCAGCCCAGCAAGGAAGAACUCCGGAAAUGCCAGAGUAGCGAACACUUCCGGCGGGGAAUCCUCUUCAUACGUCCACCACUGGCUAGUGAUAGCAUCGAGAGAUUGUCCAAGAAACAUCAGGAGCUAAGCAAUCCUCCAGUUCCGCCUCGGAAAGCCCAUCUUUACAAGAAAAACUCUUUGCACAAGUCACACAGUGCAAAUGCCAGCAACAAGAUUGAGCACAAGAUAGCCAAGACUAGCUCAGGACCCAGUUUCUCCCGGGUGCAUCCUCCACCACCGCCACCUAUUCCACUAACUCUACCCAAUAAACAGGAUAACACCCUGCCACGAAUCCAGCGAAAACAUCCAAAUACGCCAACCAAGGCCAAGCAGUUCGAGUUUCCGCCACCACAGAUUCUUGCGCCGGAACGUCCAGUCACUCCUCUUUCGGAGAGAGCCAUACGCCUGCAGUUGGCCAAGGCGCAGUUCCUUCAAAGUGCUCCAGUUACUCCCCGCCAGGAUCCCCAAACUCCAACUAAGGCAACGGAAUCUGUGGUGCUCCAAAAGAGCAUCAGUGCGGGCAGCAUGAGGGGUGGAGGAGGGGGACGUGCUGCUGUCCAGGAGGCGGCACAGCAUUAUCAUGACACAUCCACGGAUCAGGAGAGCCUGGGCCACUCCAGUGCCUACGAUAGUUUGCCCAGAGCUGUGAGCCGGAGUGCCAAGAUUUCCAGUAAACUGGGAUUCGCCACUCUGACCUCAAAGUUACGAAGGGGCAACAAGAAGCCCAAGAAUCCACCUCCUAGUCCUGGAAGCGCUCUAUCUGCCCUGUGUCGGCAAACCCUAAUGGCCGAUGUCAUAGCCAUACCACAGGCGUUCGGUCCGGAGAAGCCUCCACCAAGUCCCACAGGACGAAAUGUUUCAAAGUCGCAGAGCACGCCACAGGCUGCUGGACCUGCGACCAUCAAUUUCGAAGGGAUUCCCAAGUCGCUGAGCGAACAAUAUGUCCGCCAGCUCAAGGAGAGCGACGUCUAGUCAGACCCCCAGUCUCAAGUCCAGAAUCUAGUCAUAGGAGCAAUCUAUCAAGUCGUUGUCCGAGAUAAUCGCUUGCAUUUUGGGGUCAACCCGAAUUAAUUAUGUAGCCGUUGCCACUGAAAAGGGCAACACUUCACAUUUUUCAGGUUCUCAGAACUCGUCAAUAUAUGUUUUUUAUAUUUUAAUAAAUAGUAAUCGUGUGCAGUAAAGGUAAGAUACUCAACGAGCCAUUUGCGAAACAGAAUCAGAUUAAUCUGUGUAAAAUCAAAAAUCCAAAACUAA